AUGCAAUUUGAAAAGGUUACAUACAUUGCUGUUCCACAAAAAUACGGUCAAAAGAAGGUUGGAGUUGAAGAAGGACCUAAAUUUCUCGAAAAAUUAGGUUUUAUGAAUAUCUUAGAACAAGUAGCAAAAAAUAUUAAUAAAAAAACCAUUACAGAACCAAAAACUCCACAAGAAUUAGGAGUAACUAGUGCAAGAAAUUUAAAUGAAGUUGAAUCUGUUUGUAUUGAACUACGAGAUACAAUUUCGAAAGAAUAUGAUGUUAAUAAUUUACUUAUUAAUAUUGGUGGUGAUCAUUCUAUUGGACUUGGAACUAUUGCUGGUGUUGUUAAAGCAAUGAAACCAAAUGCUAAAGUUGGUGUUAUUUGGUUUGAUGCACAUCCAGAUAUGAAUAUUCCAGAAAAUUCACCUUCUGGAAAUAUCCAUGGAAUGCCAUUAGCUUGUGCUGUUGGUCUUGGACCACAAAGACUUACUUCUAUUAUGCCACGUUAUAUUACUCCUAAAGAUAUUAUGUAUGUUGGAAUUAGAAGCAUUGACGUUGGAGAAGAAUUUGAAAUUCAAGACAAACAUAUUGACCAUUUCACUGCUGAAGAUGUUAAAAGAGUUGGGAUGAAAGAAGUCAUUGAGGCAAUCAAUAAAAAAUUUGCUGAUUAUGACGUAAUCCAUUUAUCAUUUGAUAUUGAUGGUAUUGACCCAAAAUUUAUUUUAGGAACUGGCACUCCAGUACCAAAAGGAAUUUCUUUAGAAGAUUCUUUAUAUUUUAUGUCUGAAAUGGGUAAAAUGAAAAAAUUACAUUCUGUUGAUAUCGUUGAAUAUAAUCCUAAAAUUGAAGAAGAAAUUACUGGUAAAAAUGUUUUGAAAUGUAUCUCUUCACUUUUUGGUAUAAAGUGUUGA